UGACAAUUGCCGGAGGUUGGUCGGAAGGUCACGUGCGGAGACUGUGAUCUGCAUAGCGGCUCGGGGUGGACGGUGACCGGUGUGAGGCAGAAAUCAAAAUGGGUGAUGUGGAAAAGGGAAAGAAGGUUUUCGUUCAGAAAUGCGCCCAGUGCCACAGUGUUGAAAAGAACGGGAAGCAUAAAACUGGGCCAAAUUUAUGGGGUCUGUUUGGUCGCAAAACAGGCCAGGCUCAAGGAUUUUCCUACACUGAUGCAAACAAAAGCAAAGGUAUCGUGUGGGGAGAAGAUACUCUGCUAGAAUACCUGGAAAACCCCAAAAAGUAUAUACCGGGAACCAAGAUGAUAUUUGCUGGUAUUAAGAAGAAGAACGAGCGCUUAGAUCUAAUAGCCUAUCUAAAAAAAGCGACAUCGGAAUGAUUAGUUGUAUAAAAAAAAGUGUUAAACGCCAUGUUUGCAACUGACAGCCUCAUUUGUGUCAUUGUGUGUAAAUGUUGUCAUGCUCAUCCUUCAAACUACUGGAAACUCAACAGUGCUGAAUGUUAACUGGAGGGGCGAUGCAUUACUCUGUGAUCCAUGAAGGCUUCUGAAAUGUGAUUGGAUGAAUACAUAAAGGGAAUCUAUUGUGAAAGUGUUGGUUCAUCUAAAACUAUUUGUUGGUUAGAUGCUGGUGAGUAAAAUCUCUCACUGGCUUCUAA